AAGAUGAAACUCUGCAUCAUUUUAAAACCACGCUUCAUCGAAACAGUGUUGCCGAGAUGGAUGAUGAUAUUUAUUUAGCGAUUCUUUAUCCGCAGGAGACUUUUUUGUAAACAUGAAUUGCCUAGUUCUUUCCUUGGGCGGUGGCUUCCUAUUUCAUGCCAUUGAAACAAUACUCUUAGCUUAUUACGCCUUCUUAUCAUUGGUUAGUUCACAGGGACAUUUCCCCAAGCUAGAAAAUGUGGGAGCUUUCAAGAAUGUGUCUGUUAUGCCAACUCAAGCAACAUGUGGAUUGCCAGACCGAAGUACUUUUUGUCACAGUUCUAUUGCUGUUGAAAGUAUUCAGUCCUGUACCCAGCGGUUUUGUAUUCAGGAGUGUCCAUAUAGAUCUUCACCUGCCUCCUACACUGCACUUUUCUCAGCAGGCCUUGGCACUUGUAUCUCAGAAGACAAGAAUGAUUUGCAUCCAGGCUCCUCCAUCAACUCUCCAAGUUUUAUUUUUCAUAAUCACAAGGAUUGUUUUUCUACUCCCCGUUCUCAGAGGCUCACAGCAUCAUUUACAUUAACCGUGUGGCUGAAACCUGAGCAAGAAGGUGUAAUGUGUGUGAUGGAAAAGGCUGUUGAUGGGCAGACUGUGUUCAAACUCACAGUCUCCGAAAAAGAGACCACGUUUUAUUAUCACACAGUAAAUGGUUUGCAGCCGCCAAUAAAAGUAGUGACGCUGGGGAGAAUUCUUGUGAGGAAAUGGAUUCAUCUUAGCGUGCAGGUUCACCACACCAAAAUCAGUUUCUUUGUAGAUGGUUUGGAGGAUGAUAACACUGCUUUUGAUUCAAGAAUACUUGCUGGACCAAUUGCAGACCUUGCUGCUGAUGGUGCACUGCAAAUUGGGCAAAGUUUCAGCGGUUUAGAGCAAUUUGUUGGAAGAAUGCAAGAUUUUCGUUUGUACCAAGUGGCACUUACAAACAGAGACAUUUUGGAGGUAUUCUCUGGGGAAUUUCCUCACCUGCACAUUCAGUCAGAAUGCCGCUGCCCAGGCAGUCACCCCCGGGUACACCCUUUGGUGCAGAGGUAUUGCAUUCCUAAUGGUGCAGAUGACAUAACUAACAACAGAGUGCUUAGGCUGAACCCAGAAGCCCAUUCCCUGUGUUAUAUCAACGAUAAUGAUAUUGGGACCUCCUGGAUUUCAUCUCUGUUCAUUGACACUGCACAUCUGGACCAUGGCGUUACUAUUACGAUAGAUUUACAAAAUGGACAGUAUCAGGUGUUCUAUAUUAUCCUUCAGUUCUAUAGUCCACAGCCAGAAGCAAUGAGAAUUCAAAGGAAAAAGAAAAAUGAUUUAAACUGGGAAGAUUGGCAGUAUUUUGCUAGAAAUUGCAGUAUUUUUGGAAUGGAUAACAAUGGCUCUCUAGAAAAUCCAGACUCUGUCAACUGUCUCCAGCUUCCUAGAUUUACUCCAUACUCCCGUGGAAACAUUACUUUCAGCAUUCUUACACCUGAACCAAAUCGUCGGCCUGGUUACAAUGACUUCUACAAUACUCCAUCUCUCCAAGAGUUUGUAAAAGCUACGCAAGUGAGGAUUCAUCUUCUUGGCCAGUAUCAUACAACUGAGCCUUGGGUUAACUUCAGGCACAGAUACUAUGGAGUUGAUGAAAUUACAAUUAGUGGAAGGUGUAAUUGUCAUGGCCAUGCUGAUCAUUGUGACACAAGUACUAAACCAUAUAGAUGCUUCUGCUCUAAGGACAGCUACACACAAGGAGAUAAUUGUGAGCGCUGUUUGCCAUUAUAUCAUGACAAGCCUUUUCGUCCAGGUGACCAAGUCCAAGCUUAUAAUUGUAAACCUUGUCAGUGCUAUGGCCAUGCAGUAAGCUGCCACUAUGACAUAGCAAUGGAUUCUUUUCCUAACGAACACUAUAGAGGAGGUGGCGGAGUAUGUGAUAAAUGUCAACAUAACACCACAGGAAGAAACUGUGAGCUGUGUAAGGAUUUCCAUUACCGGCAAGCGGGUGCAGAUCUUUCAACUGUCGAUGUUUGUAAAACCUGUGACUGCUACGCAGCAGGCACCAAAAAUAAUAGCCUCCUGUGUGAUAAGAUUGGAGGCCAAUGUAAUUGUAAGAGACAUGUGUCUGGCAGACAGUGCAAUCAGUGCCAGAAAGGAUUCUACAAUCUACAACCGUCAGACCCUGAUGGCUGCAGUCUCUGUAACUGUAAUACCUCUGGGACAGUCAAUGGAGAUAUUACCUGUCACCAAUAUUCAGGCCAGUGCAAGUGCAAAGCAAAUGUUAUUGGGCUCAAGUGUGAUCGUUGUAAUUUUGGAUUUAAAGUCAGCAGAAAUUUUAAUGAACAUGGAUGUGAGCCUUGUCUGUGCAAUAUCUAUGGCUCACUGAACCAAUUCUGCAACCCUUUUACUGGGCAGUGCAAUUGUAAAGAAGAAACCAAAGGGCUUCAGUGUGAUACCUGCAUGGACAACUUCUUUGGGCUAGAUGCUACUGGCUGUAAGACUUGUGACUGUAAUACCGCAGGAUCGCUUUCUGGAAUGGUUUGUGAUGCUACGACAGGGCAAUGUGUAUGUAAACCUAAUACUGGAGGAAGACAGUGCAAUGAAUGCUUAGAUGGGUAUUACAAAGUACAACAAAAUAAUUCCUUAGCCUGUCUGCCAUGUAAUUGUGAUAAUGCUGGUACAGUAAAUGGCUCUCUGUUGUGUGACAAAUCAACAGGACAGUGUUCUUGCAAAGCUGGUGUAACUGGCCUUCAGUGCAAUCAGUGUGUGCCUCAUAUGUACAAUCUUACCAUUAGCAACCUUCUCGGCUGCCAGAUUUGUGACUGUGACUCCCUGGGGACAUUAGCAGGAACAGUUUGCGACCAGAUCAGUGGACAGUGUAUAUGCCUGCCUAAUCGUCAAGGAAGAAGGUGUAAUCAGUGUGAAUCAGGUUUCUACGUAUCUCCAUACCAUGCUUCUGCCUGCUUGCCUUGUUUAUGCCACAUAACUGGUUCAGUGAAUCAGAUCUGUAAUAGUCUAACUGGCCAAUGUGUUUGCCAAGAUGCUUCCGUAACUGGACAGCGAUGUGACCUCUGCAGAGAACUUUAUUUUGGAUUUGAUUCUGGUUCAGGGAGAUGUCAGCAUUGUAAUUGUCAUCAUUCAGGAGCCAUUAAUGGGACUUGUCAUCCUGUUACUGGACAAUGUGUUUGUAAACAAUUUGUAUCUGGCUUGAAAUGUGACAACUGUGUUCCCAAUGCUAGUAAUUUGGACAUCCACAACCUAUUUGGCUGCAGUAAAACUCCAUCCCAGCAACCUCCACCCAGAGGAGAAAUUCUAAAUUCUUCUGUUAUCUGUCUGUCAUGGAACCCACCUGAUUCUCCAAAUUCCAACUGGCUUACUUACGAACUAUAUAGAGAUGAGACUGAAAUUUAUACAACGGAAGACCACUAUCCUUAUAGUACUCAGAGCUUCAGUGACACCACUUUGUUCCCUUAUACCUUCUAUUCCUAUUACCUCAAGGUCAGCAAUGUUCAUGGUUCUACAAGGAGUGCAGCUGUGAUGUACAGAACAAAAUCAGGAACACCUAGAGGAAACCUACAUUUAAAUAUAAUUUUUCCUGUUGGCCCAAACACCAUUUCCUUUAACUGGACAACCCCAUCAAAUGACUCUGGACCUAUAGAAAAUUAUGUUUUGACGUGUACUUAUUCAGUUGAUCUUCAGCCUUGUGGCCAGUAUGAAGGUUUAGAAACGUCUACAAUUAUUCAGAAUCUGGUUCCAUUUACAAAGUAUAUUUUUGUUGUUCAAGCAUGUACCAGUGGAGGCUGUUUAAAGAGCCUGCCAGUGACAAUAAUUACUGCACAGGCCCCUCCAGAGGGGCAACAUUUUCCCAGGAUACAAAACAUCAGCGCUACAGAGCUCACCCUAAAAUGGUCUCCACCUACAAAACCAAAUGGUAUAAUCAUAAGAUAUGAAAUCUAUAUGAGAGGAGCAUUACGAUCAGAUGGAAGUCGUAUUCCUCCUGAAAGUCGCAUCUUCCAAAGCAGUGGAUGGCUCAGUCCUCAGCCAAUUAUGGAGUCUGCUAAUGAAAAUGCAUUAAUGCCACCUCAGACCAGCACCACAAUUACUGAUCUUGAGCCAUUCACAGAAUAUGAGUUUUGUGUUUUAGCCGUAAACAUGGCUGGUAGCAUAUUUUCAGACUGGAUAUCAGGAAGAACUGGAGAAGGAGCUCCUGUAUUCAUGCCAUCUCCAUCAGUAUUCCCUCUUUCACCGUAUUCUCUCAAUGUAUCUUGGGAAAAGCCACAAGAUAAUGUAGCAAGAGGAGAAGUGAUGGGAUACAGCAUCAAUGUAAUUACCACACAAAACAUGUUGCCAGUAUUUUCCCAGGUUGUAUAUAUAGCUGAAGCUCAUGAGCUGUCCUAUAUAGUGACAGGAUUAAAACCCUACACAAUGUACAACUUCACUAUUACUCUCUGCAAUCGAAUUGAAUGUGUAACCAGUGAGCCAAGCAUGGGACAAACCUCAGCAGCUGCUCCAAGAAAACUUGCUGCCCCUCUUCUUGAAGGAGUAAACAGCACAGUGUUAAAGAUAAAUUGGAAUAAACCUGAAGAACUUAAUGGGCCUUUUCCCAUCUACCAGCUGGAAAGAAUGGAUUCAUCUUUUGCUAUAACAAGGGUGGAAGUAAUGAAAGGAAUCCGUUUCCCAGGAAAUGGUUAUUACAAAUUCCCCAGUUCUACUCUCCCUGCCAAUACCGACUUUACAGGUAAAUGA